AUUUUCACUUAUCUUCAAGCUAUUAUUGACUUUCGUACUGGAGUUCGAAAUAAUCAACUUUUGUUGCGUAAUGCAGCUAGGCAUCAAUUUGCACCAAUAUGGUCAUCUAGACGCCAUCCAAUUUACAGAAUGCUUGAAAUAUCUCAUAAAGAAAAUUUAUUAUAUUUGAAGCCUCAUAUUCGUGAAAUUGUUGAAAAUUUUUCAGUUGUAUCUCAUUCUGAACUUCAGAAUCAGCAUCAAGGGCUUGAUGCCGUUGUAGAAGAAAUUAAUAAGGAAUUAAAGUCCUUAAUUCCUCCAGUACCAUCACAACGUCAUUGGGAGAUUGCUGCAAGAAAUUAUACAAAUUUUAUGAAGUUUUUUAGUCUAAAAAUAAAUAGUACGUUAACUAAUUUAGAUGGUGAUGUUAACUUGAGCGAGGAGAUAAAAUCAUUUAGUAUACUAGCACAAGAAAGAAGACAAAUGCUUAUUAAAAAAAUCUUAUUACAGCAAACUAAUACUAAUGUUUGGCAACUGAUUCCAGUAACAGAGCAAGAAGCUGAUACACUAAAAAAUGAAAAUACAAUGAAAAAAGAAGAACUCAUUGCAAUUAUUAAUUCAGUACUUAUCUCACUUCCCGAUUCACAACGCACAAAGUAUACCAAUUUAAAAAACAAAACAAAGGCUGUACUCCUAAAAAUAUUGCAAGAAAUACGAGAUUUAAAUAGUGCUGAAGAAAUUAUAGAUGAAGAGAAGACUAAUAAUGAGCUUACCGAUGAAAAACUAACAAAUGAAA